AUGGCAUUAAACUCGGUUUUAUUUCUUUUGCUUGUGUUCGUUUUCCAUUGUAAUGAGUCGACUGGAGAACACAAGUUUGGCGACCCUAACGAAGUACGAGACGAAAAGCACAUCCGAUCGCAUCUUGAGGGACAGAUCGACACAGAGAAGGAGAUGGACCCGGAGAAAAUGCAGUUCCAUUACUUCAAGAUGUACGACACGAAUAACGAUAAUGUAUUGGACGGUGUCGAGCUGAUCAAAGCGAUGACUCAUCUGGAUAAUCCAGAUCCGAACAAUCCGAAAGCUGCGCCUCAGAUAAAUGAUAACGAAUUAGAGAAAGCGGUCGAUUCGAUACUUAAAGCCAACGAUUUAGACGGUGACAACGCUAUUAGCUAUCCCGAAUUUAGGACAGGUCAAGCGAAUAGCCAGAACUGA